AUGCGUUCUGUGUGUUUUGUCGAUCAUCUUGAGUUUGAAUUUUCAGGGUCUAUUUUUAAAAACGCAACAGCGUUAGGUGAUGUUGAUAAUGAUGGUGAAAUUGAGCUCAUUGCCGGUAACAUGAAUGGUGAUUUAAUGAUUUACAAGCAUGAUAAAUUAUGGCAAAAAAUAAACAAUCUUGGUAUGAUUACGGCAGUUGGGGUGGGUGACAUAAUGAAUUGUGGCAGUAACGCCCUUGUAAUUGUUUCUGGGGAUGGAUGGUGCCAUAUUUGCCUUUGUCUUCAUCCAAAAACUGAGGACAACGAAGAUAUUACACCAAAUGUAAAACUAGAGCCAGUUCACGUACAGCGAAUCCCACCAAACACCAAGGUAAUGGUGCUAGAAGAUGUCGAUGGUGAUGGAAACGUAGAACUAGUGCUGGGGCUCACAGAUCGAGUUGUUCGAUCGUAUCGUUGGGUACAAAGCGCUACAGGUGGGCGGCUUGUUUGUCUGUUCAAAUGGGAGUGUGCUAACCAGGUAGGAGGAAUAGCACUGAACCGCAAUGAGCAGGGUUUGCCUAAGGUGUUAGUUGCCCAACCAGGAGGCACCAUCAUGAGGAUAAACACAGAAAUCACUCCUACUCCCACGGUCGACAAAGACGGGGAGCAAAUUAAAAGAAAUGAGAACUUGUUGCCGUCCUCUGUGGAGUACCACCCUCUGAUGGCCUCGCGGAUGAGAAACCCGAACAUCAGCACGGAGAUCAUCGCAGACAUGGCCCAGGGAUCGGAUAGUCCCAAGGGGAAAGCCAAGCCGUACGUUGUGGCAACACUGGACGGUACCCUCAUGUUCGUCAAGGAUGAAGAAAUCAUCUGGUCUUAUCAAGUAGAUCAUCAGUUGUUUGCGCUGAGCAAGCUUGAUAUUACUGGAGACGGGCAGGAUGAAAUAGUCGCCUGCUCGUGGGACGGACAGACCUACAUCCUCGACCAGAAGAAGAACAGUGUCCGAUUCCACUUGGAAGAGUCAGUGUCCAGCUUCUGUGCUGGACUGUACUCUCUAACAGCUGACAGCACUCCAUCUCCCUGCUUUGUAUAUGUUACAUUCAACAGCAAGAUUUUACUCUAUUACAACAUCAAAAUUCCAAAGAUGGUGACAGAAAGCCUGAUAUCAAUGAUUUUUGAGUCCGAAGAGGCCAAGGCACUAAUUGGAGAAGAUAUCCUGAAUGACAGAAGGAGACUUCAGCAGUUGAUCAGGUGGUGUUUGUACGGACCUCGAAGACAUACAAAUCAAUUAUGUGAGCGAGAAUCUUCCAAUGUUACCUAAGACUACUAAAUACAAAAUGUUAACUAUUAAAUUUGUUAGUAAGUAAAAGUCGUUUGUGUUUUGU